CAAAAGAAUGUGCUAAUUAGCUCAAACUUUAAUACAUUUACAUGAAACUUCUUUGGAAUUAUUAUCCAUAAGUUUCUUUUGUUCUUCUCUUCUCCUUCUCUUUUUCUUUACCAAGAUCUAUGGGUCUCACAAAAUAUGACAACUACACAAAAAGGGAAGAUAGCUGGGUAAUCAUGGAAGGAGAUCAUGAUGAUAUGUACGACACAACAUCCUCGACAUCGAUUUCGAAUAGAUCAUCGACAUCUUCAUCGGACUUAGUAGAUGAUGCAUCUUCAUCGUCAAUGUCGUCGUCAUGUUCUUCUUCCUUUCAUUCUCAUGGAUCGUUGUUCGACUUGUCAGAUCUCAUGGCUCAGCUACCCAUCAAAAGAGGACUUUCAAAGUAUUUUGAGGGCAAGUGCCAAUCCUUUACAUCUUUAUCAAAGGCCAAGAGCAUUGAAGAUCUUGCAAAGAAAGAGUCUCCAUAUAAAAAAAGAAAGGCAAUAAAAGCAAGCAAGAGCUAUGGCGGUGGCUUGAGUUCUUACAGAUCGUACACACUUCCGAAGGCCACCAUUUCUAAGAGUCAGGGAACGAAGCAUCUGGAGUCAGGUAUGGCAGCAGGUACAACAGCGGUGCGAGACAUAGGUGUAGCAGUGGUGUGGUGGAUCGGUCAGAUCGGCGGGUCGGGUUGGGGUUGCAGGCAGCAGUCUAGUGCGGGUCGAAGGCAGUACGUAGGUGGUGGUCUGGUACAUCAACGGGUAAAUUUUUAUAAAAGGACGUGAUGGAUCAGGCAACAGUAGCGCGAGCUGGGAUCUGGUUGCAGGUUCCUUCAGUGCUGGCGUUACAGGUAUGCGGGAGGGAUACAAGCGGUUUGACAAUGGCGUACAGAUGGUGGUGCUAGAUGGGACGGAACUAGGUUCGUCAGGACGUUUAAGACAGGCGUGAGAUGGUGGUGGAUUCGUCGUUGCGGAGGGAACAAGAACAAACAUAGCGGCUGGUGGCUCGACGCGACUCCGGCUUCAGACUUUAACAGAUUCUUUUUCUUUUUUUUUCUUUUGUUUUUUUUGUAAGAACAACGAAAGGGUAACUCAACCAGAAAACAAAAAAAGUUUCACGGAA